AUGGCGUGGUCUGCCCUGAUGCUGGCAGCUUGCCUCCUCGCGGUGGUGCCCUCCAACGAUGCAGCAGACUGCCUGUCCCUGUGCUCCCUGUGUGCAGUGAGGCCUCAGGACGGGCCCCAUCCCAUCAACCCCCUGAUUUGCUCCCUGGAAUGCCAGGACCUGGUGCCACCAUCAGAGGAGUGGGAGAGAUGCCAGCGCUAUUUGUCUUUUUUCGCCGCCUCUGCCUUUGGGCUCCUGGGCAAGGAUGACGUGGAUAACGAGGUUGCUUUGGAAGAAGGGUACAGUGCACUGGCCAAGCUCCUGGAGCCCCUCCUGAAGGAGCUGGAGAAAAGGCAGUUCCCCACCAGCGUCUCGGAGGAAAACCUCAAGGCUCUCUCCGGCAGGUUUAGGGAUGGAAAGGAGUCUGAGCUGCUGGUGGGUGCCGAGCAGAUGAAUGACGGAGCCACGCAGACUGACGCACUGCAUUUCAACGAGGAGGUCUUGAGGAAACAGGACAAACGCUAUGGCGGCUUUUUGCGCAAAUACCCCAAGAGGAGCUCAGAGAUGGCUGGGGACGAGGAUGGGGGCCAGGAUGGGGAGCCGGUAGGGCAUGAGGACCUAUACAAACGCUACGGGGGCUUCCUGCGGCGCAUUCGGCCCAAGCUGAAGUGGGACAACCAGAAGCGCUACGGCGGCUUCCUUCGGCGUCAGUUCAAGGUGGUGACUCGGUCCCAGGAGAACCCCAAUACCUAUUCUGAAGAUCUAGAUGUUUGA